ACAAUCCCAUUGUGAAAGCUAUAAGAAGGGAUCUGAGCUCAUAAAAUACCAGACUCUGCCUCGCUUAAUACAGGACAUUUUGCUAGAGACAGAUCUUAGAAUAACAUCCAGAUAUUGACGCGAGUUUGAGGUCCUAAACUAACAGUGACCUUGCUUUUUCAUUAUAUUUCUUCAAGAAUGUUUUUUUUUGUUUGUUUGCUUGUUCUGAAUAAGAGGCAGUGGGUAUAAUUUAAGUAUGUUAUCUAGUCAUAUAGGUGUAACAUAUAUAUAUACAUUUUUUAAAAUUAAUUCGUCAGAGAAGCAGUUUAUAUAAGUUCAUAGUUUCAAAGUUUGCAUCUUUUGGUUUCCGCAAAUUACUCCAUUGCCUUUACUGGUAGCAUUUUUUUUUUUUUUUUUUUUGUGCCUGUUUUGCUGUUAAUUUUGGUGUUGAAAAUGUUGCUGCUGGUGUGGACUAGGGGCUCGUGUUUCUUGCUUUUACUGGCUGCAGUCUUGAGAAUGGGACAUUUUCAAAGGGCUGACGGCCCUGGAUCCAAGGUGAAUUCCAUCAAAUCAUCUCCGCAGGAGCAGGUUCCAACCCAGGCAACCAACCGUUCCAUCACUUUCCCUGUAGGCGUCAUCAGCAAGAAAAGAAACAACCCCGGCCAGGUUCAUCCUUGCAACAGUGAUAAGGAAUGUAGUGUUGGGGGCUAUUGCCAUAGUCCUAACCAAGGUCCUUCCAGAUGCCUGGCUUGCAGAAGGAAGAAGAAGCGUUGCCAUAGAGACGGCAUGUGCUGCCCUGGAAACCGCUGCAGCAAUGGUAUCUGUAUUGCUGUAUCUGAGAGCAUUCUUAAUGGACAUAUCCCAGCGAUUGAAGGGCACGACAAGAACAAUAGACAGCUGUCUACCAGUGACUUGGGAUGGCAGAACCUUGGGAAAACACAGUCCAAACUACCGAAUGUAAAAGGUCACGAAGGCGAUUCCUGUCUCCGUUCUUCUGACUGUGUGGAAGGCUUCUGCUGUGCCCGCCAUUUCUGGACCAAAAUCUGUAAGCCAGUCCUUCACCAGGGGGAGGUGUGCACAAAACAGCGGAAAAAGGGUUCUCACGGCCUGGAGAUCUUCCAGCGCUGCGACUGUGCAAGAGGACUUUCUUGUAAAAUCUGGAAGGAUGCCACUUCCUCUUCAAAAUCCAGACUCCAUGUUUGUCAGAAGAUAUAAAGGAGGAUAGCUCACGCUUUCAUAACUGUGAAAUUUAAGUAUUUAAAAUAAUGAGACAUGGAUGGGUUUUCCUGUGGCUGUCUGCGCGCCAUAUAAUGUUCCUGAAAUGCACGAAUGAUGGGUGUUGGAUUGCAGAAGUGUUGGUCGAUAGACAAUCCACCUUGUGGCUUCUGAAAUGUAAAUAAUGUUAUCUCAUAUUGGUGCCAUUUUGAAGCCACAGAAACAGUUUUUCUUGCCAAAUGAUCUGCAAUGAGGCUAUUUAUCUGUCUGAAUCCAAGCUGUAGCUUGUUUUUUUUUACUUGUGUUGACAAGAUUCUGCUUUGCAACAGAGACACAAAAUGUUAUUACAUAAUCAAGACAUUUCAGACUUAAUUAAAAUGGGCAAGGAAAACUGACUGGUACUUUAAUUCAGUCUCCCCUCUUUCGUAGGUGAAAGUAGCGGUUUGCCUUUAUUUUGAAAAAAAGAAAGAGCUACUAACUAGCAAUUAAUGGGAGUUAAAACAUGAUUUAGAUAAUUGUGAUUAUUGUGAUAAUUUUUUGCUUAAGAUCAAUAACUGCAAAUGUCAUUAUAUUCCAACCAUAGUAUUAAUAGCUGAGCUAAUCUGCUGAUUUCUCAUUUCUGUUUUCAGUCAAUCAAAAGCUUGUUGUUUGGAAUAUAAAUUCUAUAUCAGAUCGGUUUCAUUACAGAUAGCAUACUUUAGUGCUGUGGACCUCUUUUAAAAUGUAUUUUCUUCAUGUGCACAUGGUUCCCAUACUAUAUUUUUCUAUUAGACUGUAUUUUCAUGCUCAGGUAUGCAGUUUGUAAUUUAACUCAUGGUUUUAACCUACUUUAACAAUUUGUGGCUAACGAUCACUCCCCUUUUAAAUGUAAAUGUUUUUGGAAGGAUCUCUCUGGCAUUAUUCAUUCUUUAGAAUUAAAGAUUGCUUUCAAAAGGCAUUGUUUUGUAUUCUAUGGUAAAAUACAAAGAUUCUGGGGUUCAUGACUUUAUAUCAUUAACAGUAUUUCAUUUUCUUUCUUAUUCUAUAGUUCAUGACUUUCUUGAUUAUAAAACUGAAAGCAAUACACUUUUUAAUGUAAAUAAAAUGUCCACUAUUGCCAAUGUAUUUAUGGAUCAAGAUUAUAUCGUGUACAGUUUUGCACUUGUGUUUUAUCUUAUGAAGGAGAGGUAUUUUGUGUUUAAGAAUAUGUUCUUUGUGGUUAGCAUCUAAAGUACAAGCAGUACUGACAGAAACUUUUAAAAUGGCAUAAAUACAUUAGAUAAUAAUGACCUUAAGUCUUUUGCUGCGUACAUAACUUUCCUCAGAUAAUAACUACAUCAGAGCUAAAUGUAAUCAUGCUAAAACAAACACAAAAACAUAUUAAAGCACAUUACGAAUUAUAUGUGAUGGACAUAUUUCCUCAGUAUGGUUUACAGGAAUUUGUUGCUAUUGGUUCUUAUGUGGGAUUCAUGCUGUUAGUGUUGUAAUCUGUAUAUAGAAACUUGAAACACUGUUGCUGAUGCUUUUGGUGUAAUCAGCAGUUGGCUAUUUAGAGCUGUUAAUAUUUAGUUGUUUUUAUUGUUGUGUAUUUGCUUCUUUUAUGUAUGAAUAAAAGUGUUUGUAUUUUGUAUGCCUGUUGUUACUUUUACUGUUGUGUUACAUGUUGUAAUAAGCUUAUAAUGAAGAUAUUUAUAAACAUUGACAGCAACACAGUGAGUAGGCAAAGGAAGUAUCUUUUAUACAUAAUAAAAGUGUA